UUCCCUACUCCAUCGACCUCAGCACGUCAGUCGUAUUCGUUCCGUUGAUCGGUUUGAAACAUCCAGAGAACUCCCUACUGAAAAUGGCAAGCAUCGUACGCAAAAUCAUUCACACUCAAAAGUGCCCUAAAGCUUUGGCUCCAUACAACCAAGCCGUGGUAGCUGAUCGUACGGUGUACUGCUCUGGAGUACUGGGUAUGGAACUCGACACACUCAAACUCGUGGACGGAGGUGCUGCUGCCCAAACCUGCAAAGCCCUGGAACACUUGACUAAUCUGCUGCAAGUGUCUGGAUCAAGCAUCGAGAAUGUCGUCAAAACAACCAUCCUGCUGGCUGAUAUGAACGACUAUGGCACCGUGAAUGAUGAAUACAAGCGAGUGUUCACCAGCAACUUUCCGGCCAGGACCUGUUUCGCGGUAAAUAAACUCCCCUUGGGAGCAGCGGUUGAGAUCGAAGCCAUCGCACUAACCGGGGAUGUGAUGCAAGUAUCAGCAUGACUAGAUUCGAAAAUGUAGCUUCAAGCGCCACACUCUAUUGAUUCAGGCAAUUUUGAAACGGGUGCGAUCGGGGAUGAUAAUCAGCAUUUAACAACUGAUACUGGUGUUUAGAUUUCAAGCGGUGUUACCGAGAGCAAUCCGGCUUGGAGUGAUUGUGUUAGACUGAUUUGUUGAAUAAACAUUGAUUUGAAAGGCAUGCUAAUGCUCAA